CUGUCCGAUGACCUAUCGUGCGACGUGGAGAGACCGAAUCAUAUCUGCGGAUGCACAUGCCGUUCUGCCCCCCAUCAGGCGCAGGCUCGAGCUUUGCGGAGAGGUCACGAGUUUUACUCCACUCAUCCUACUCCGCUCCAUCUCACCUCGCAGUAUCUGUGUGCAAAAUGUCUCGGUGAGCUCUAUCAGGUCUUGAGUAUUUCCGUUUUCAAAUCGGCAACUCUCGACCGUACGUCGCCGACCACCAGGAAUGUGUCCACUAUGCAUAGAUCCCCUGAGGUCAUUGUACAUCCAUCCCUAUAUGUGCGAACCCUCUGGAUCCUGCACACUCCUCGCUUGUCCUAUGUAGCCUCCAUGCAAGUUCCCCAAUAUUCUAGACCCGCAUACUACGCCUCGCGCAACGCUUGCAGCCCUGUCACAGGCUGGGAAAAGUCGUUAUUAAUAUGGAAAACGAGACGCCUCGCGGUCGUCGAUCCCAAACUGCGUUGAGUGUGUAUGCCCGCUAACGUUCCCAACGACUGACCACACCCACUCCCAAAUAACAGCACACACACACACAUGUCAACACAUAUAGACACACACAUACAGAGCGCGAAUGUCCGUCUCUUCCCUUCCCCCAGGGACGCAGCCCAGUC